AGGGGCGGGAGAGCGGGUGGGAGAGAGAGAGAGAAGAGGGGUGGCAUUCGUUUCCCCUGUUUCUUUUGUCGUUAUUUAUCGGUUCAUUUUCCUCCUUCCUUUCUCUGUUUCUGGAGGCGAGUGAGAGACAAUCUGCGGAGAAUCUCCAGAUUUUUCGUUACCUUAAUAGGGACGAUCGAUACCCCGUGUUUUCCCUUCUUCCUCUGAAUCUGUAGCGGUAUUCACCGAGAAGAUAAGCGAGAGAAAAAGUUAAAAUAAAGUAGAAGCAAAGAGCAGGAGAAGCAAUAAAGCUUACGACAGCAGACGUCGCAAUGGCUGCGGUGCCAGGUGUGGGUCUUCAGCUGAGGAACGAGUCGGUCUUACUGCCGUCUGUUCAAGGCAAAAGAGGAUUGAACGCACCGAACCCCAGCAACAAGGCCGUCUGCCGUCAUGUGCCGAGAGAUAAUAGUAUGUUUGGGGCAAGAGUCCGCCCAUGUUCCGAAAGGCUGCACCAUGUCUGGCGCUCAGACGGACCCGGAUGUACUCCCGAACUCAAGGUUGUCCGAGCGAUGGGAAUGUCAGGGGAGCCGACGGAGCCGCUUGGUCUCUAUAAUUCGGCGUUCGACAAGGAUUCCUGCGGAGUAGGGUUUGUUGCAGAACUAUCUGGCGAACCUAGUCGCAAGACGGUAUUGGAUGCACUGGAAAUGCUGAUUCGAAUGGCACAUAGGGGAGCUUGUGGUUGUGAAGUGAACACCGGAGAUGGAGCUGGCAUUCUUGUUGCUCUCCCACAUGAUUUCUUCAAGGAGGUUGCCAAAGAUAGUGGAUUUGAACUGCCACCACCUGGUGAAUAUGCUGUUGGCAUGUUCUUCUUGCCAACAACUGAUGGUCGCCGUGAAGAGAGCAAGAUAGUGUUUACUAAGGUUGCGGAGUCUCUGGGCCAUCAGGUUCUUGGUUGGCGUCGUGUUCCAACAGACAAUACAGGCCUAGGUGAGUCUGCUAUUAACACGGAGCCAGUCAUUGAGCAGGUGUUUCUCACUGCAAGUUCAAGAUCAAAGGUUGACAUUGAGCGACAGAUGUACAUAUUGAGGAGAGUCUCAAUGGUUGCAAUUAGAGCUGCUCUGAACAUGCAGCAUGGUGCUAAAAAGGACUUCUACAUCUGCUCCCUGUCAUCCAGGACUGUUGUGUACAAAGGUCAGCUCAAACCUAUCCAGUUGAAGGAUUAUUAUUAUGCAGAUCUUACUCAUGAAAAGUUUACAAGCUACAUGGCCUUGAUCCAUUCUCGUUUUUCAACUAAUACUUUUCCUAGCUGGGAUCGAGCUCAACCUAUGCGUGUUCUGGGGCACAAUGGGGAAAUCAACACUCUUCGUGGAAACAUUAAUUGGAUGCGAGCACGUGAAGGUUUACUUAAGUGCAAGGAACUGAAUCUCUCAAAAGAUGAGAUGUUAAAACUUCUACCCAUUGUUGAUGUUGGUUCUUCUGAUUCUGGGGCAUUUGAUGGCGUCCUUGAACUUCUUGUGCGAGCUGGAAGAACUCUUCCUGAAGCUAUCAUGAUGAUGAUACCAGAAGCAUGGCAAAAUGAUAAAAACAUGGAUCCGGAGAGAAAGGCUUUGUAUGAGUACUUCUCUGCUUUGAUGGAACCCUGGGAUGGGCCUGCUCUUAUAUCAUUUACUGAUGGCCGCUAUCUUGGAGCAACAUUAGACCGAAAUGGUUUGAGGCCUGGCCGCUUUUAUAUUACACACAGCGGUCGUGUUAUCAUGGCCAGUGAAGUUGGUGUCGUGGAUAUACCUCCAGAGGAUGUGUGCAAGAAAGGGAGGCUUAACCCUGGGAUGAUGUUACUAGUAGAUUUUGAAAACCAUGUGGUCGUUGAUGAUGAUGCUUUGAAAAGGCAAUAUUCGUUGGCUAGGCCAUAUGCUGAAUGGUUGAACAACCAGAAGUUAGAGCUGAAGGACAUUGUUCAAUCUGUUCCAGAAACUGAGAGGGUUCCACCAGCAAUAGCUGGGGCACUGCCUGUAUGUUUUGGUCCUUUGCAAAUUUUCCUAGCAUUUUUUUUGUGGCCUUUUGGAUCUUUAAGCCAGCUAUUCCUGCAGGUACAUAAGGAUGAUGAUAGCAUGGAAAACAUGGGAAUUCAUGGUCUGUUGGCUCCUCUGAAGGCAUUUGGUUAUACUGUAGAAGCCUUGGAGAUGCUCCUGUUACCAAUGGCAAAAGAUUCUACAGAGGCCCUUGGUUCCAUGGGCAAUGAUACCCCACUUGCAGUAAUGUCACACCGGCCAAAACUAGCGUUUGAAUACUUUAAACAGAUGUUUGCUCAGGUAACAAACCCCCCCAUUGAUCCAAUUCGUGAAAAAAUCGUUACGUCGAUGCGCUGCAUGAUUGGCCCAGAAGGAGAUCUUACUGAAACUACUGAGGAGCAGUGCCAUCGUCUCUCACUUGAAGGGCCACUCUUGUCCAUUGAUGAGAUGGAGGCUAUUAAAAAGAUAAAUUACAAGGGCUGGAGAAGUAAAGUGUUGGACAUUACUUUCUCCAAAAAACAUGGUCGCAAAGGUGUGGAGGAGACCCUAGAUAGGAUCUGUAAUGAAGCUCGUGCUGCCAUACGUGAAGGCUACACAUUAUUAGUAUUAUCUGACAGAGCAUUUUCACAAGACCGUGUUGCUGUUAGUUCCCUACUGGCAGUUGGUGCGGUUCAUCAUCAUUUAGUUUCAAAUCUUGAACGCACAAGGAUUGGGUUGAUUGUUGAGACUGCUGAGCCACGUGAGGUUCACCAUUUCUGCACUCUUGUGGGGUUUGGAGCAGAUGCAAUAUGUCCUUAUUUGGCAGUAGAAACUAUUUGGCGUCUCCAGGUUGAUGGUAAAAUUCCUCCUAAAGAGGAUGGUUCCUUCCAUUCUAAGGGUGAGCUAGUUGACAAGUAUUUCUACGCAUGUAAUUAUGGGAUAAUGAAGGUGCUCGCAAAAAUGGGAAUAUCAACAUUGGCUUCUUACAAGGGUGCUCAGAUAUUUGAAGCACUGGGUCUAGCUUCUGAAGUGAUCAAUAGAUGUUUUGCCGGAACCCCAAGUAGAAUUGAAGGUGCUACUUUUGAAAUGCUUGCUCGGGACACACUUCGCCUCCAUGAGAUGGCAUUUCCAACUAGGGCUUUACCUCCAGGUAGUGCGGAAACUGUUGCUUUACCCAAUCCAGGGGAUUAUCAUUGGAGAAAAGGUGGAGAAGUUCAUCUUAAUGAUCCUCAGGCUAUUGCAAAGCUUCAAGAGGCAGCAAGAAGUAACAGCGUUGCUGCUUAUAGGGAAUACUCAAAACUUGUAGAGAAUCUUAACAAGGCGUGCAAUUUGCGUGGUAUGCUUAAGUUUAAAGAAAUUGGAAGCAGCAUCCCUCUUGAUGAAGUUGAACCUGCAAGUGAGAUUGUGAAGCGUUUCUGUACGGGUGCCAUGAGUUAUGGGUCGAUAUCUUUGGAGGCACACACUGCUUUGGCGGUUGCAAUGAACAGAAUUGGAGGGAAAUCAAAUACAGGUGAGGGAGGCGAGAACCCAUCUCGCAUGGUGCCGCUUCCAGAUGGAUCAAGGAACCCCAAGCGGAGUGCGAUUAAGCAAGUUGCUAGUGGGAGAUUUGGUGUCUCUAGCUACUAUCUUACCAAUGCUGAUGAACUUCAGAUAAAGAUGGCUCAGGGUGCUAAACCUGGUGAAGGUGGUGAGCUUCCAGGUCAUAAAGUAAUUGGUGACAUUGCAGUCACACGUAACUCCACUGCUGGUGUUGGACUAAUCAGUCCACCACCUCAUCAUGAUAUUUAUUCAAUCGAAGACCUUGCACAACUGAUUCAUGAUCUCAAGAACUCCAACCCAAGUGCACGAAUCAGUGUGAAGUUGGUCUCUGAAGCUGGUGUUGGAGUUGUUGCUAGUGGAGUAGUAAAAGGCCAUGCAGACCAUGUCCUUAUCUCUGGCCAUGAUGGAGGAACUGGAGCCUCUCGCUGGACCGGCAUAAAGAAUGCUGGUUUACCUUGGGAACUUGGUUUAGCGGAGACACAUCAAACUCUUGUUGCUAAUGAUCUGCGUGGUCGAACUGUACUUCAAACAGAUGGACAACUUAAAACUGGAAGAGAUGUUGCCAUUGCUUGCCUCCUUGGUGCUGAAGAGUUUGGCUUCAGUACGGCCCCUCUAAUAACUCUUGGAUGCAUUAUGAUGCGAAAGUGUCACAAGAACACCUGUCCUGUUGGUAUUGCUACUCAAGAUCCUGUUCUCCGUGCGAAGUUUGCAGGUGAACCAGAGCACGUAAUAAAUUUCUUCUUUAUGCUGGCUGAAGAAGUGCGUGAAAUCAUGUCUCAGCUUGGUUUGAGAACAAUCAAUGAGAUGGUUGGACGUGCAGACAUGCUGGAAGUUGAUCAAGAGGUGGUGCAGAACAAUGAGAAGUUGGAAAACAUUGAUCUGUCUGCCUUGCUUCGUCCAGCAUCGGAGAUUCGGCCUGGAGCUGCACAGUACUGUGUGCAAAAACAGGAUCAUGGGCUGGAUAUGGCUUUGGACAAUGAACUUAUUUCUUUAUGCAAGGUAGCUAUUGAGAAAGCUGUCCCAGUGUACAUUGAAAGGUCAGUUCGAAAUGUGAAUAGGGCUGUUGGCACGAUGUUAAGCCAUGAAGUUACUAAACGUUACCAUUUGGAGGGCCUGCCUUCUGACACAGUCCACAUAAAGCUCACGGGUAGUGCUGGCCAAAGUUUUGGUGCAUUCCUUUGCUCAGGCAUCACCCUUGAGCUUGAAGGUGACAGCAAUGACUAUGUUGGAAAAGGAUUAUCAGGUGGAAAAGUUGUAGUUUACCCUCCUAGACAUAGCAGAUUCGAUCCAAAGGAAAACAUUGUCAUUGGUAAUGUUGCCUUAUAUGGUGCAAUAAAAGGUGAGGCAUAUUUUAAUGGGAUGGCUGCAGAGAGGUUUUGUGUUCGUAACUCAGGAGCAAAGGCUGUGGUGGAGGGCGUUGGUGAUCAUGGGUGUGAGUAUAUGACUGGAGGCACUGUUGUUGUGCUUGGUAAAACUGGACGGAACUUUGCCGCUGGUAUGAGUGGUGGAGCAGCCUAUGUUCUCGACAUAGAGAACAAAUUUCCAUCACGGUGCAAUCUGGAGCUAGUUGAUCUUGAAAAGGUUGAAGAGGAAGAGGAUAUUACGACCUUGCGCAUGAUGAUACAGCAGCAUCAGCGUCACACUAACAGUGAACUAGCCAAGCAAGUUCUUGCUGAUUUUGAUGUGCUUCUUCCUAAGUUUGUUAAAGUAUUCCCAAGAGAUUACAAACGUGUCCUUCAGGACAUGAAAGCUAAGAAAACAGCAAAGGAGCUGGAGGAAGCCGAAUUGAAAAAGAAGAAUGCCUUUGAAGAGCUGAGGAAGAUGUCUUCUUCAGCUCAAGCAAAUGGGGCAAUCAAAGAGAAUGGGCCCAAAGUUUUUAGACCCACUCGUAUUGGAAAUGCAAUAAAGAAUGGUGGUUUCGUGAAAUAUGAGCGAGAGGGUAUUGCAUAUCGUGACCCUGCAGCUCGGGUUAAUGACUGGAAAGAGGUUAUAGAGGAUGCUAGACCUGCUGAGUUAUUAAAAACACAAUCUGCUCGUUGCAUGGACUGUGGAACUCCCUUUUGCCAUCAGGAAACAAGUGGAUGUCCCCUUGGAAACAAAAUUCCUGAGUUCAACGAGCUGGUCUAUCAAAAUCGUUGGAGAGAAGCAUUGGAUAGGCUUUUGGAGACAAAUAACUUUCCAGAGUUUACUGGCCGAGUCUGCCCUGCACCAUGUGAAGGUUCCUGUGUCCUUGGGAUCAUUGAGAACCCAGUAUCUAUUAAGACUAUUGAGUGUUCUAUCAUAGAUAAGGCCUUUGAAGAAGGUUGGAUGGUACCCCGACCACCUCUGACCAGAACAGGGAAGAAGGUUUCCAUUGUGGGUAGUGGACCUGCAGGCCUGGCUGCUGCUGACCAACUUAACAAGAUGGGUCAUUCUGUUACUGUGUAUGAGCGUGCUGAUAGGAUUGGUGGGCUGAUGAUGUAUGGAGUUCCAAACAUGAAAGCAGAUAAGGUCAACAUUGUUCAGAGGCGUGUUGAUCUAAUGGCAAAGGAGGGUGUUGAAUUUGUGGUGAAUGCAAAUGUUGGGAAAGACCCAGCAUAUUCUCUAGAGAGGCUUCGUGCUGAAAGUGAUGCAUUGAUCUUGGCAUGUGGGGCCACAAGACCAAGGGACCUUUCUGUUCCUGGCCGGGAAUUUAAGGGAAUUCAUUUUGCAAUGGAGUUCCUUCAUGCGAACACCAAGAGCCUCCUGGACAGCAAUCUGGAUGAUGGUAAUUAUAUAUCUGCUAAAGGUAAAAAGGUGGUUGUAAUUGGAGGUGGUGAUACUGGAACUGACUGCAUAGGCACAUCCAUUAGGCAUGGCUGCACUCAGGUCAUAAAUCUGGAGCUUCUUCCUGAGCCACCUAAGUCUCGUGCACCAGGCAACCCAUGGCCACAGUGGCCCAAGAUCUUCCGAGUAGAUUAUGGACACCAAGAAGCUACAACGAAGUUUGGGAAAGAUCCACGUACUUUUGAGGUUUCAACUAAGCGUUUCCUGAGCGAUGAAAAUGGAGCCGUCAAAGGGCUUGAAGUGGUGCGUGUUCGGUGGGAGAAAGAUGCUAAUGGGAGGUUCAACUUGAAGGAAGUUGAGGGCUCGGAAUGGAUAAUCGAAGCAGACUUGAUUCUCCUAGCCAUGGGUUUUCUCGGUCCCGAAUCGGGAGUUGCAAACCAGCUAGGAGUGGAUCUAGACAACCGGUCGAACUUCAAGGCUGAAUAUGGCCGUUUCAAAACGAACGUUGAUGGAGUCUUUGCUGCUGGAGAUUGCAGGCGUGGACAAUCACUUGUUGUCUGGGCAAUUGCUGAAGGCCGGCAAACAGCUGCCGAGGUUGACAAGUAUCUGAUGAAAGAAACUCUUGUCAUACCCCAGGCAGAAGAAGCUCAAGAGAACAACAAACAGGCAGUUGCCACCUAGAAAAUGGGUGAAUUAGUCGAAGAUACCAAGUGCGUGAAUAAAGGCCCAGAUCUCUACUUGUCCAUGGUAAAAUUGGAAUUAUAAAGACAUGGCAAUACAUGGGGAGGGCUGAUGUAAAGGCCAGCGGAUGCUUCAUGCAAAAAGAUUACAGGUCCGUUUUGGUGACCCGAAAUUUUGGUCAAGUGGUUUUGGUAGUCGUCUAAUAGUAGUGUCCUGGAAUAAAUUGGGAAUAAGUUGGUUUUUGGGGCCAUAUUUUUUCUAUUGCAGUUUUUUUUAAUGUUUUUAUGUGCCCAUUAAUAAACGUUGUAUAGUUCUCGAGUUCCUCAAAUGGCAGUUGAUCUUUUGUCUUGUA